GGCUGGGGGCUGAAAGACCCGUCAUCCUUCAAAGGAUAUUUAUUAAUAUUCUUCAAGCCCACAAUGGAUCCCAAACGCCAUCUACAGCAGCCGAGGCCCCUGAGUUCCUCAGCUACGGUUCGGGAGUGACCAUGGCAUCUCAAGUGUCCCCUAACGACUUCAUCAACAUCACCAGACCUCAAUCGAGAGCUCCAAGCAUGAACGGGGAAGCUUGUGCUGCUGCAGCGGUGCCGCGCCCGAGGCUGCCCGUAAAGAAGCAAGCGCCCCAGAAAAGCAUUGACGAGUUCUGGAGCAAGUUCACAACAAAAUAUCCGGGAAAGAUCUUCACGAUAUUGCCAGAUAACCUGUACGCAAAACGCGCCGCUGUUCAUGCACCGAAGGGAUCGACACCUGGCAAGAAUGCGCUUGCAUCGUACGAGGAAGCUGUUCAGUCUUGCAAGACCAAAGUAGCCAAGAUUGUCAAGGAGUGCAGGCGACUGAACCAGAAGUACCGCGACCCCCACUUCGACAUCGAAGCCGACUUCAAGAGGUCGCAAGCAUUUCCAGACAUACCACCUGAUUGCUUGACGAGUUUGGACAAGGAGCAAUCCGAUUUUCAGCCCAUGUCGGUCAAAAGAGUUGAGGACAUCUUCGAAAACCCUCAAUUCUUCAUAGAAGGCGCGACCGCGAACGAUGUGCGGCAAGGCAAUGACGGCGAUUGCUGGUUCAUGUCGGCGCUGGCGACAAUCAGUAACAAGGAGGAACUGAUACAAAGAGUAUGCAUUGCACGCGAUGAGCAGGUCGGAGUAUAUGGAUUUGUCUUCCAUCGAGAUGGCGAAUGGAUCUCGGAGGUUAUCGAUGACAAGCUAUACCUGAUCAAGGAGGACUUCGAUGAGGCUAAGAUCGAGCGCUACCAUUGGUUGGAGCUGCAGAACCGCAAAAGCCCGGAAGAAGAAUACCGAACGGUCAUGCAGACUGGUUCGAGAGCUCUUUACUUUGCGCAAUGCAGCGACUCGAACGAGACUUGGCUACCGCUUCUCGAGAAAGCUUUUGCGAAAGCCCACGGUGACUAUUCCGCUAUCGACGGCGGCUUUGUAGGCGAAGGUAUCGAAGAUCUGACGGGCGGUGUCACCUCAGAGGUUUUCGCUACCGACAUUCUGGAUAAAGACAAGUUCUGGCGCGACGAGCUCAUGAACGUCAACAAGACGUUUCUCUUCGGCUGUGGUCAGAUGGGUGGCAUAUACGGAGAGCGCAAGGGCAUACAAGAGAAACAUGCAUACUCCAUCAUGGAAGCUCGAGAGAUCGAUGGCCAGCGCUUGCUCAAAUUACGCAACCCUUGGGGUCGGACCGAAUGGACUGGCCGCUGGAGUGAUGGGUCGGAAGAGUGGACACCUGAGUGGAUGCAGAAGCUCAACCAUAAGUUCGGCGAUGACGGAGUGUUCUGGAUCUCUUACCGUGAUUUGCUUCGAAACUACCAACAUUUCGAUCGGACUCGUCUCUUUGGACCAGAAUGGACCGUUUCUCAGCAGUGGACAAGCGUCAAUGUCCCUUGGAGUGUCGACUACCUCGAGACCAAGUUCAAAGUUCACCUUGACAAACCCAGUCCGGUUGUGAUAGUGCUCAGUCAACUUGAUGACCGCUACUACCAAGGUUUAGAGGGACAGUACGAAUUCCACCUGCAAUUCCGCCUUCACAAAGAUGACGAAGAUGAGUACAUCGUGCGCAGCAACGGCACCUACUACAUGAAGCGGUCGGUGUCCACCGAGCUGGAUCUUGAGGCUGGCAACUACACGGUGCUUCUCAAGAUCAAAGCUACGAGAUCCACAGGCCAGACUCCAGACGAAGUCAUCAGAGCAACUUGUACUAAACGACGUGAGAAGCUCUUGGCUACGGGUUUGUCUUAUGACCUGGCUCAUGCCAAAGGUCAGUUCAGGGAGCACGAGAAGGAGAAGGCAAGACAACGGCGGGAACACAAGAAUGAGAGCAAGAAGGCCGAAGCCAAGCGUGCACACGAACGAGAGAGGAAGCUGCGCAGGAAACAAAAGCUCCGUGAGCAGAAGAAAGCCGCUAAGGAAACACGCAAGAUGAACCCUCCCGGCGAGAUGAGAGAAGUCGAAAAGAGAUUGCAGGACCUUACUGGCCUCGGCAUUACUGAAGAAGAGAACCGCAUAGCCAGCGAGGAAGAGACGAAGCCCAGCAAUCCUGUUGUCACGAGGCAUCAGCGUGCCGCAAGCGCCAGUGUCGUCGGCGAACGCUCAUCAAGCCCCAGCGGCGGUUUCCAGGGUCGUGGUGGGUACAAUCGUGGUCGUGACGGCUAUAACGCAGCCCUUCCCGGAGCGCUUCAGGGCCGAGGCGGCUACAACCGUAACGAACAGCACGGCUCGGCCAUGGCGGAAGCACUUGCUCUCCAGGGCCGUGGUGGCUAUCAAGCUGCCAACCACGGUUUCCAAGGCCGUGGAGGAUACAAUCAGAACGUGCCUGGAGAGUUCCAGAGCUGGGGUGGCUACAAUGCUGAGCUACCCGGCUCCUAUCAGGGUCGUGAUGGGUACAAUGGCCGUGAUGGGUACAAUGGCCGUGACGGAUACAACGGAAGGGGUGGAUACAAUGAGGGCCAGACCACAGACUCACCGGUGCCGACGCCUCAGCCUACUCCCCAGGCCGAAGAGUUCCGCCCUGGUACCCCAUCUGAGCUUCCUUAUAGCCCUCAACCGGAACGCAGGUCCAGGAUCUCUCCAGUACCUUCGCGCCGCGCUACCCUAUCGCCUAUCCCUGGUGUGAGACCCGCCAUACACAUCACACAAGGCCGUGGAACCAGUGUCAGCUCGCUGAGGGCGCGACACGGCACAUACUCUCCCAACGAGUUGUCUGACGACUCAUCUUGGGACUUCGAUCUUGCCGAUUCGUUAGACUCUGACCCUUCCGAGGAUGAGCUCGACUCAGCUAAGUUGAUCUCUCACGACCAGGUCCGCUACUAUUACCAGAACGGACGAGCAUACUACACUAUUGAGGACGAAGAUGAGUUCGAACGUGAUCCAUGGAACGCUGUGUGCGUCAUCGGUCUUCGUGUCUUCUCCAAGGAUGCCGACGUUUCCAUCGAGGUGCAACACGGUGAGAUGGAGAAGAAGAAGGAUGGUGAUGCUGAGAGCGUAGCGAGCGUCAGCACCAUCCGUCGCAGACAGAAGGAGCUUGAUGUUGACGAUAGCGCUGCUGAUGCGACUUCACCAAUGCGCACCAGAAACAACAUGGACGAGGCCUUGAGGGGUGAAGAGAAGAGGGCAGCCGAGGCUGAGUUAGUCAGUCAUGUUGGGACUGCGCCUGCCGGUAAUGAGCUGAGUCGCCAGGGUACGCUUUCCUAAGUGUUCGCAUAUUGUGCAGCGGGGUUCUUCGCCGUUCACCAAAGCAUUCGUUUGGAUACAUGAUUUGUUUUAGAUGUUGAGCAAGCACGGCGUCCAUUGGCUACUGUUUGGGCGAUAUACCUGUCUCUACCCUCGCGAAGUUCAGCUGAGUAAUCAAUUACUUCUCUC